AUAAUCGGCCAUAACUGAAAUUUCACCGAUUUGGUUUUAUAGUUUUGUAGCGUCCACAUCAGUAAUAGUAAAUUUCAAGUUUUGUCUGCAAUAAUCUAAAAAAAUCCUAAAAAUGGCCAAAGCUCCUGCAGUAGGUAUCGAUCUCGGCACAACAUACUCCUGUGUAGGAGUUUUUCAACAUGGAAAAGUGGAAAUCAUCGCAAACGAUCAAGGAAAUCGUACAACACCGUCAUACGUUGCAUUUACCGAUACAGAACGUCUCAUUGGAGAUGCCGCUAAAAACCAAGUUGCUAUGAACCCAAAUAAUACUAUUUUUGAUGCUAAGCGUUUGAUUGGUAGACGUUUUGAUGACCCAGCUGUUCAAAAUGACAUGAAACACUGGCCCUUCGAAGUUAUCAAUGACAAUGGCAAACCAAAGAUUCAAGUCAACUACAAAGGAGAAAAUAAGAGCUUCUUCCCAGAAGAAAUUAGUUCAAUGGUCUUGACUAAAAUGAAGGAAACAGCAGAAGCAUAUUUAGGCAAAACCGUAACAAAUGCUGUAGUCACUGUUCCAGCCUAUUUCAAUGAUUCCCAACGUCAAGCAACCAAGGAUGCUGGAACCAUUUCUGGACUUCACGUUCUUCGUAUCAUCAACGAACCAACAGCCGCUGCAAUUGCUUACGGUCUCGACAAGAAGGGAGUCGGGGAGAGAAACGUUCUCAUUUUUGAUUUGGGUGGGGGUACUUUUGAUGUAUCCAUCUUGACUAUCGAAGAUGGUAUCUUUGAAGUGAAGAGUACGGCAGGUGACACCCAUUUGGGCGGUGAAGACUUUGAUAACCGUAUGGUCAACCACUUCGUUCAAGAAUUCAAGCGCAAGUACAAAAAAGAUCUUACAACUAAUAAGAGGGCUUUGAGAAGAUUGAGGACGGCUUGUGAAAGGGCUAAGCGUACCCUAUCUUCAUCCACUCAAGCUAGCAUUGAAAUCGAUUCCUUAUUUGAAGGUAUCGAUUUCUACACAUCCAUCACUAGAGCUCGUUUUGAAGAAUUGAAUGCUGACUUGUUCCGUUCCACCAUGGAACCUGUAGAAAAAGCCUUGAGAGACGCCAAGAUGGAUAAAGCCCAAAUUCACGACAUCGUCCUUGUCGGUGGUUCCACCCGUAUCCCUAAAGUUCAAAAGCUGCUUCAAGAUUUCUUCAAUGGCAAAGAGCUCAACAAAUCAAUCAAUCCAGAUGAAGCUGUAGCAUACGGAGCCGCUGUACAAGCUGCCAUCUUACAUGGUGACAAGUCCGAAGAAGUUCAAGAUCUGCUUUUACUCGACGUCACACCUUUAUCUUUGGGUAUUGAAACUGCUGGUGGUGUAAUGACCCCAUUAAUCAAAAGAAACACCACAAUCCCAACCAAACAAACUCAAACAUUUACAACUUACUCCGACAAUCAACCCGGUGUACUUAUUCAAGUUUAUGAGGGCGAACGUGCCAUGACUAAAGACAACAACCUCUUGGGUAAAUUUGAACUUACCGGCAUUCCGCCAGCACCCCGGGGAGUUCCUCAAAUCGAAGUCACCUUCGACAUCGAUGCGAAUGGUAUCCUGAAUGUAAGCGCCAUUGAAAAAUCGACCAAUAAAGAGAAUAAGAUCACCAUCACCAAUGAUAAAGGUCGAUUGAGCAAGGAAGAUAUUGAAAGAAUGGUUAAUGAAGCUGAGAAGUAUAGAAGUGAAGACGAAACCCAAAGACACACUAUCGCCGCCAAAAAUGCUUUGGAAUCCUACUGUUUCAACAUCAAGAGUACAAUUGAAGACGAGAAAUUGAAAGACAAAAUGAGUGAUUCUGAUAAACAAACUGUUUUGGAAAAAUGUAAUGAAGUAAUUGCUUGGCUAGAUGCUAAUCAAUUGGCUCAGAAAGAAGAAUAUGAACAUAAACAAAAAGAGCUUGAAGGUGUCUGCAAUCCAAUUAUCACUAAGUUGUAUCAAGGAGCUGGUGGUGGUCCCCCACCAAAUUUUGCAGCUGGGGGAGCCGCCCCUGGAGCCGGAGCAGCUCCUGGUGCAGGAGGUGCUGGACCAACCAUCGAAGAAGUUGAUUAAAUCAAAUAAUAAAAAAAAGAGGGUUGUAAAAGUCGUUCAUUCCGGUUUGUUUACAGUAUUAUUGCAGCCAAUUUGUAGUUUCUUACUGUGAAGCAAAACGUGAUUGUUUUGCUUCUUGAAGUAUUGUUUGUUAUCGGGUUUUCACUUUUUAACUACAGUUCAGUUGUUAGUUUAUGCCUUUGGUAAAAAUAAAUUUCUUGUUUUUAUUUACAACCAUUGAAAACAAUAAAUCAAAUCCAUUCAU